CGUGGUUGAGAGAGAGAGCGAAAACAGGAAAAAAAAGGUGUCUUCCCAUUUGCACUGGAAAGAACAGAAGAGGGCUACUGAUUGAAAUGGCGGCGGUGAGAGGAGCUUUGCUUAAGCACCUGCGGGUGAACGCAACGGCCCUGCCUCGUAACCCCAACCCUAUCAAUAACGGGAUCUUCGCUCUUACCUUUAACGCCAUAUGUCGCGGGUUCUCCGACGAGGUCAAGGGCUCUUUCCUCGACAAGUCUGAGGUCACCGAUCGCGUCAUCUCCGUCGUCAAAAACUUCCAGAAAGUUGAUCCUUCCAAGGUUGCCCCAGACGCGCAUUUUCAAAAUGAUCUUGGAUUAGAUAGUUUGGACACUGUGGAGGUUGUCAUGGCCCUUGAAGAAGAAUUUGGGUUUGAGAUACCUGAUAAUGAGGCAGACAAAAUCAGCACGAUCAAUCUUGCUGUUGAGUUCAUUGCUUCUCACCCUCAAGCAAAGUAGAGGGGAAAUUAUGAAGCUCUACUCUUUUCCUUUGUUUUCACUUCGUUCCUUUGAGACCUGUAGCUGCAUUAGGAUAAUUCAAGAAUCUUCCCGCCUAGGCUGAUGUUUGUAGUGCAUUUGAUUUUUAGUUCUCCUGAGGAGGAUUGUUUCUGGAUAUUUACUGCUUCAAUGCAGCAGUUCCAGUUCAUGAAAUGUUACAUUUUGGUGAGAAAAGAACUGUUUCUUUUAUUGCUCUAAACAUAUUUCGUUUUAAAGUAAUAAAUUUAGGCCAUUGGUUUAAAAAAGACGAUUGUACUUGAUCGCAAUUCAUAUUGGCACGGCAGUACAUGACUUAUUUUUGGAGGAUAGUUGGGUUUGAAUAUAGUCAGUCGGCAGGUCUAUUGAAAUGA